CAGAGCAUCAGUCCUCAAAUCAAGGAACAGCAGCAACCAUGAGGGCAUUCAUGAUCCUGGCGCUCGUCGCGACGGCGAUGGCGCGGCCGGAAGCUGGAUACUCCUACAGCCAGCCAAGUAGUAGCUACGGCGCUCCAAGCAUCGGCGGUGGUGUUGGUGCUGGUGGUGGUAUUGGUGGUAUCUUUGGUCAGCCUUCUGGGGCUUUUGGUGGUGCUGGUGGUGCAGGUCUCGGCGGUGGCAUCAGCGCUGACGAAGGUAUCCUCGGCGUGAGCGGUGCUCAAGCAUUCGGCAGAGGUGGUGGCGGCGGAGUUAGCCUUGCCGGCAGCGUCGGCGCUGGAGGAGGUAUCUCUGGUGUAUUCGGCGGAGGCGGCGGCGGUGGAGCGCUCAUUCAAAAACACAUCUACGUUCACGUACCACCCCCAGAGGCUCCCGAGGAAAGAAGGGUUGCGCUUUCUGGAGCUUAUAAUCCGCCACAAAAGCACUAUAAGAUCAUCUUCAUCAAGGCACCUACUCCACCAACCCCGACCGCCCCGGUGAUCCCGGCGAUACAGCAAGACGAGCAGAAAACGCUCAUUUACGUCUUGGUCAAGAAACCCGAGGAAGCGCCCGAGAUCAGCCUGCCCACCAUCACACCCACUCAGCCCAGCAAACCGGAAGUCUACUUUAUCAAAUACAAGACUCAGAAAGAAGUUACGGGUGGUGGUGGUGGUGGUGGUGGCAUCGGCAUUGGCGGUCACGGUGGAAUUGGCGGUCACGGUGGAAUUGGCGGCACCGGUGGAAUUGGCGGCAUCGGUAUCGGUGGCACCGGACCAAGUGGACCCAGCACGAGUUACGGGGCACCCGGUGGAUCCGGGCCAUACUAGUCAAUUCACCGCUACCCCCGUCGCGGCCCCUCCGUCCUACCCUCCCGUUCACCAACACACACGCACACACCGCUCACAUACCUCUAACAUAAUCAGCGACGAUGAUACUUGCCGUAUUGACGUAUCGCUGGGUUAUAUGCGCGAUCGCCGAGAGAAGACGACAACGAUGACAAAGUUGAAGACGGCGAUGAUGAUGACGAUGUUGAAUACGAUAACGACGACGACGACGAUGAUGAUGAAGACGAUGAUGAGAAGAACAAUGAUGAUAUCGAUCAUAACGACGACUA